AUGACAGUAGCACUAUUGGGUGGCUUCCUGCUACCUGCACUACUCACACUUUUGCUCACCAAACCCCUAUCACCCAAGGUGGCCCGUAGCAUUUGGAGCUGUGUACAGGAGAUCGACAAUCCCCUCGUCCCAUGGCCUGAGGUCUACACUAGCGAGAAGAAGCCCGCCUUGUCAGAGGUGCGCAGAGCUCUGCAGUCACUGCGUCGCCUGACCUGGGGCAUCAGCAUAUUCAAUAUUGUCGUAUUUCUCGGUCUCUGGCAAAUACUCGGACCCGCCACACAAACAAUUGACUUCAACGGCUUCGUUUUCUAUGUUGAAUCUAUUGAGAUCUGGACCUUUUUAUCCACCACCUUCUGUCUCGCCUUUCCUCUGGUUCUGCUGGUCUCCUAUCUAGGGGCGUAUUUAAGGCACCAGAUUCACAGGCUUAGGAUGGUGAUAAGGUAA